GGUGUGGAGUACAGAUUGCUUAAGAGGCUUAACACCGGUGCCUGAUUUCUGUGGUUUGCAGAGAACUCACUCGCUGUUUUCUCGGGCAAGUCACAACCUUGCCAAUACAUCUGUUUCCUCUAGUAAACCGUUUCGUAAUGUGGUCCCUGCUUUAAAAGGGUGUAAUAAGGAUCACGUGCUUUUUAGUGACUGUAAAUCUUCACAUAAUGUGGUGUAACAAAACGUCAGUUUUAACAAAGCUAGCAUAUAUUCGGGAUUUUCACAGUAAGCAGAGAAAUAAGAUAUAUUCGAUUUAGUACAGAUCUGUUGCACUUUUGUUUCAGGGCGGGCAUUUCACACAGGCUGGCUUGGAACUUGCUGUGUGUAGUCCAGGUCCUUUUAGAGCUGACUUUUGGAAGCGGGUGCCACCAGUCCUAACCGUGCUGUAACUACGUUUAUCUUUCCGGUUUUAAAGAUUACUGGCAAGGCUUCCAGUAAUUAUCCCCAGGAUUCGCCAUGACCCCAGCUCUGAAGGAGGCAACAACAAAGGGUAUCUGCUUUUCAUCUCUGCCAAGUGCCAUGGAAUCUGACAAGAUGCUGUGCAUGGAAAGCCCUAGAACUGCGGAUGAAAAGCUCACAGGAGGAGAUACUUUCUCUCAGAUGCUGGGAUUUCCGGCUCCUGAACCUAGUCUAAAUACUAAUUUUGUGAAUUUAAAACAUUUUGCCUCUCCUCAGGCUUCAAAACAUUUUCAGACAGUUCUCUUAAUGAGUUCUAAUUCAACACUAAAUAAGUAUAAUGAGAAUUAUAACCAAAAGAAAGUAAUGGAGGCCAACUGCUGUAAGCUGAAAAACGUACUGUGUAAUGGCAGCAGCAUUCAGCUCAGUAAGCUCUGCCGUUCUCAUCCUGAGAAUGAGUUCAUCAAAAAGGAGCUCUUAGAUGGCACAAGCCAUUGCAUGAAAGAUAUACAGAUCGUUCUGGAUUCCAGUCUCACCAAAGAUGCUAAUGUAGAUAAAAUACAUCUGCAAAACUGUAAAUGGUACCAGAAGAAUGUACUUUUGGAUAAAUUCACUGACACUAAGAUUAAAAAGGGCCUAUUGCAAUGUACUCAAAAGAAAAUUGGACCUAAUCACUCAGAUAUGCCUGUUAGUUCCUCAGCUGCUGAGAAAGAGGAGGAGGUGAAUGCUCGUUUGCUUCAUUGUGUGAGUAAACAGAAAACCUUGCUCAGCCAGGCUAGACGAACUCAGAAACACCUGCAGAUGCUCCUGGCCAAGCAUGUUGUGAAGCACUAUGGUCAGCAGAUGAAAUUUUCUAUGAAGCACCAGCUGCCCACAAUGAAGAUCUUCCAUGAACCCACCACAGUUUUGGGUAAUAGUUUACUUGAACACACUGAAAUUAAGCCAGAAGUCGACAUAUUGGCUUCAGAGAAUAAGUUUUUGAAUGAUACAAACAAUGGUUUUGCUCAUUGUACAGCUGCAGAAAUCCAAAGAUUUGCCCUGUCUGCUACAGGGCUGUUGUCUCAUGUUGAAGAGGGUCUGGAUUCUGAUGCCACCGAUAGCAGCUCAGAUGACGAGUUGGAUGAAUAUACCAUUAGAAAAAAUGUGGCAGUUAACGCUAGUACUGAAUGGAAGUGGCUUGUAGACAGAGCGCGAGUUGGCAGCCGAUGGACUUGGCUUCAAGCUCAGAUUUCAGAGCUAGAAUACAAAAUCCAGCAACUAACAGAUAUUCACAGGCAUCUUCGUGCCUCCAAGGGGAUAGUGAUCUUAGAAGAAUGUCAGCUGCCAAAAGACAUUUUGAAAAAACAGAUACAAUUUUCAAAUCAAGCGGCUUCAUUAAACACUUCAGUGAAUUCUCAGAUUCCCCAAAGGAGCGAAGAGACCUUGCCAGAGCACGACUUUGAGAUGUCACCCAGCAGCCCUACGCUACUUCUUCGAAACAUAGAAAAACAGAGUGCACAGUUGACUGAAAUCAUUAACAGUUUGAUUGCCCCUCUCAACUUGUCUCCAACUUCCUCACCACUCUCCUCCAAAUCCUGCAGCCACAAAUGUCUGGCUAAUGGCAUUUCAAAGAGUGCUUCAGAGAAUUUAGAUGAGCUCUCUUCCUCCAGUAGCUGGUUACUUAAUCAGAAGCACAGUAAGAAAAGGCGAAAAGACAGGACAAGACUGAAAUCUCCAUCCUUGGCUAUCAUGAGUACAGCUGCCCGAACAAGACCCCUUCAAAGUUUCCAUAAAAGAAAACUCUACAGAUUGAGCCCCACUUUUUACUGGACUCCUCAGACUUUGCCUUCAAAAGAAGCAUUUUUAAAUGCAACACAGAUGCCUUACAUGGAAUCACCUUUACGUUCGGACUACUGGGAGCAAAGUUCCAAGUCUGAGCUGUUAAGAGAACAUGUGACGAAACUGGAUCCCUCUUUUCAUCCUGUGCUGUCACUGCCAUCGGACAUUCCCCUUCAUUUUCAUUUUGAGAACUUAUUGAAGAAGACCAAUGUAAAAGGAGAGCUUGCUGAAAAUCCAUUUGUAGGUGACUGUAUCAUAGCGCCACCAUCUGUACAAGGGACUUCUCUGACUCAGUGGAGAAAUGGAUAUUCCCCUAUGUGUAAGCCUCAGAUAAGGUCACAGUCAUCCGCACAACUACCGCAGGGAAGAAAAAAGAGACACUUGAGUGACACAGCGUUAGCAGGAGAAAGAACUAGAUUUGAAGAAUUUACUUUCCAACGUACAGAACCAGGAUCCCAUUGCGAUUUCACUGCAGCCUCUAAUACCAAUGUUACAUCAAGAACCCAGAAUUCAUCCUCACAAAAUACUACUCGACGGAGGUUAAGAAGUGAAAGCUCUUACGAUAUAGAUAACAUUGUGAUUCCCAUGUCAUUAGUAGCACCAGCUAAGUUAGAGAAACUCCAGUAUAAAGAAAUACUUACUCCACGCUGGAGGAUGGUUGUUCUUCAGCCUCUUGAUGAACAUAACUUAAGCAAAGAAGAGAUAGAAGAUCUUUCUGAUGAAGUCUUCUCCCUAAGACACAAAAAAUAUGAAGAGAGAGAGCAAGCUAGGUGGUCACUCUGGGAGCAAAGCAAGUGGCAUAGAAGAAAUAACAGAGCUUACAAUAAAAACUUGGAAGGGCAGGACUUGGUUCUGAAGGAAAACCCCAGUGAACUUAGCAGUGGUCAGCAGUGUGCUGCCGAGAGCCUCCUUGAGCUCCCAGCAGAGAACCCCAGUCUGUGCGCUCAGGACUCACUUUCUUUAAAUGAUAGUCAAGAGAUCAAGUCUUUGUGGUGGGAGCGACGAGCCUUUCCGUUGAAGGAUGAGGAUACAGCAGCCUUAUUAUGCCAAGAUGAAAGAAAGGAUCAGACUGACGGGGCGAGCACAGCCAUCUGCAAGGAAGUCUUCUGUAGCACUACACCAGAGAAUGGCCACCCUCCAAAAAUGCAGUUAGAGGGGAUGGAAGAGUAUAAAACCUUUGGCAUAGGAGUUACUAAUGCUAAAAGAAAUAGGUGACAGAGAAUAUAGUAAGAAAACUAUGUAACUGAAAGGAAAAGAGGGAAAAAAACCUAAACCCUCUUGUGGAUCUUCCACUUCCUCUAGUCACGAUUCCAGAAAAGGAGGAUGUGUUGCAUGAAUCCAUCUUCCACUGUUCAUGAAGCAGGCCAGAGAAGUUUCUUUCUCCUUCCUGAAUCACAGAAGUAGAUAGCUUUUCACCUACACAGAUGCUAGUAACUUGUGUUUGUCAAUAAUACAGAUCACAAGCACUAAGCUAUUAAUUGCUGCAAUUUGAUGCCAAAUCAUACUAUGGGGUAACUGUUAAGGUAAGAGCCCCGCCUUAACAACACAGUUGAUUUGCAUCAAAGGACGACUAUUCUUUGCUUCUACUCUCAUGGCAAUUCACUAAAAUUGCCUCAAUAAUAUAUGAGAAUAUACUAUUGUGUAUACAGAAUACACACAUAUACACACACCUAGUCUUGAAACUGCAUGAUCAACUACUCUAUGCAGUGUAAGUUGCCAUGAAUAUCGAGCACAGGUGUGGACUGAAACAGACAUCUGAAAGCUUGGACUAUGGAGGGGGAGUUGGUUUUUUCUUUUAUUCUAAAAGUUGUUUAACCAAUAUAAGUUAUUUAUGGAAAUUCUUAUAUCAGAUAAUACAAUAUUCAUUUAUUUGAAAUCAUUGUUCUCUCUUGAACUAACCACAGACUUUCUGCUUACUCCUAACAGAAUUAAGAGAAGCAACUUAAGAGUUUAAUAUAUUGAUACAUUUUUAAACUAUUAUCUUUGAAAAUUCACCCUGUUUUAUUUGCUUUAUGUACCUCUUCAAGACAGCAAUUUAAAAUGCAAAACAGCAUACAAAUCAUAAUAUGGUUGUAACUCUAGCUAAUGUACAGCUAGAAACUUUAAAUUGGUUUCUCUUUGCAAUAGUUUAACUCAAAUAUCUACUCUUAAUAGAAUCCUAGAUCAAGAAUUCAAGUUUUUCAAAGACUAAGACUUUAAUAUAGAAUACUGAAGAGUGUACAUUAAAGAAAAUUCUUUCCAGAGCUAUAAUACCAUUUUUUUUCUAGAUGAAAGUUAAGGACAAUUUGUAUCCACCACUUUUUGUUAUGCAAAGAAAAGUGAUUCAAUUUGUAGUUCCCAUAGUACUGAAAAUCUGGCCACUGGGCUUAGUGUCUGUGGGAUUAGAUACUGAAGAUUUUGUUGAGGAUCAGAAAUUAAACUGGUCCCUGCAAAAAGGGGGUAGGGGAACCUUUCAAAUUCAAUACUUACAAACUUUUGUUAUAGUUUUACAGUACAUUUAUUUUUAAAGAAAAAGAUAACAAAAGCCAGAAAAAUACAAGUUGUCCCAGCAAAAAAAUUCAAAUCUUUGUCAUGACUGAUAUUAUAAUCUUCUACAUAGUUUUUUAAUUAAAGUUAUUUCUAUAUGCCUUG